AAUCUCAAAAAAAGUCUAUAACAUCUGACGCGGACAACGACAAAGUCUUUACAGACAACAUGAUGUCACUUGCUUAUGUUAGUGAACUUUAUUUUUAUUUUUUUAAAAAUUGGUUCUGAAAUUCUUAUGUUAGACAUACAUGUACAUGUGUGUCAAACGUCUUCACGGCGAUGGAUUCCAGGGAAGAACUUACUUCCGGUAUUAUAUACAUGUACAUACUGCAAGGAAAAUAUCAGCGACGAGAGCAAAAACGAAAUUCUGGAUGAAGAUGUGACGUACCUCGAAAUUCUGCCAUGGAGAUAGGCAAUACGACCAACAGCAGUGUUGUGUUAUGGGAUGAAGCCACUGUGAACAAGAUUAACGACUCAGUUUUCGAUAAAAUCUACCUACCAAGUUUCAUCUACACACUUAUUCUACUUGUGAUUGGCUGUUUAGGAAAUUCUGUUGUCUUCUACAUUUAUUUCACACGAUGGAGGAAGACAACUUCCAGGGUUUUCAUCUUAGCGCUUGCAGUGUUCGACUUGAUCAACAAUUUCAUUACCACCCCAACAGAACUGCAUUCCAUGCUUAACUGGUUUCAAACAACAAACGGAGGUUUGUGCAAGUUUUCGCGAUUUUUGACCUUUAUGAUGAACAACUGCUCGUCCGUGACUUUGCUUGGCAUAGCGCUGGAUCGGUACAGGAGUAUUUGUCGGCCGUUUCAAACACAGAUGUCCGCGAAAAACGCGAAAAUAAUUGUUGUUGUUGGAGUACUUCUGGCCGUUGUCUUUGCAUGGCCUGCACUAGUUGUCUAUGGUAUACAAUCAAUUAAAAUUCCAAUAGCUCCCAAAACGUAUGUCAGAGGCAAUAUGUGCAUGAUUGAGGAUGGUUUCGUGGAUACCGACUACCCUUUGGCGUUCGUGAUAGUCCUAUUAGCAGGCAAUCUGUUAAUUGACAUCGCACUUAUCAUAGCCUACAGUUGCAUCGCCAUUCAGGUAAUCAGGAGAGGGUCAUCAUUUUUAUGUCAAACAUCCAAAGACAUGAGAAAAGACAGUCAGAGCUACAGUCAAUCGAACACGGAGGAUGUUUUCUUGGAUGAUAAAAAUUCGGGGGGAAAUCCAUCAAUACUGAAAAAUUUUUCCAAGCAACAUGGCAGUAGUCAGGAGAAAUCGGAUUCUGAGGUAGAAAUGAUGAGCUUGAAUUCCGAUAUAAAGCGAUCGAUCAAGAAGACUGACAGUAACGCCGGCAACAAAGCAUCCGAAAAGCGCGCGAAAUUCAAACGUCAGAGAUCACUGUCCGUUCAGAGCGAAGAGGCACGAAGGUCCCGCAUGAUUAAGAUCACCUUGAUGCUAUUUUUGGUCACACUGCUCUUUAUGAUAUCAUUCAUACCGUAUUGCGUCAUCGUUAUCAUAAGAUACGUGCAGCCUAAUUACUACCCAUCGCUCUCCAACACAGGGAAGGUUUUCUACCACUUUAUCCUGAGGUCCUACCUACUAAGCAUGUCCCUCAAUCCUGUCAUCUACAGCUUCAUGAGCGAAAAAUUCAGAGAAGAAUGCAGAAAAUGCAUCAGAAAAUUUGUUCGACUUUUCAAAUCUCGAAAUUAGAUACAUUAUCGUGUGAACUGCCGUAUUAACACGGAUAAACUUAAGUUUGACAUCUUAAAUCUUUAAAUUUGUGUUCCAUAUGUAUGUUGAUUGAUUGAUUGUAUUUUGUUUAACGUCCCUCUCGAGAAUAUUUCACCCAUAUGGAGACGUCACCACUGCCGGUGAAGGGCUGCAAAAUUUAGGCCUAUGCUCGGCGCUUAUGGCCAUUGAUCAGGGAGGGAUCUUUAUCGUGCCACACCUGCUGUGACACGGGACCUCGGUUUUUCCGGUCUCAUCUGAAGGACCGCCCCAUUUAGUCGCCUCUUACGACAAGCAAGGGGUACUGAAGACCAUAUGUAUGUUAAUUACAAUUUAAAACACUUUGAUGUUCGUAUACACGCAUGAUGUUUUAAUAGAUUUAUAAUAGUGCAACAUGUAUUUAGUCAGUAUUAUGAGAGAGAGAGAGAGAGAGAGAGAGAGAGAGAGAGAGAGAGAGAGAGAGAGAGAGAGAGAUUAUAAUUUUAUUUUGGUAUCAUUUUUGACAAUUUCUUGUAUUCUCCCUAACAAUGAUGUUAUUAGUAAACUAUAUAGUAAACGG